AAACCUCCUUAUCAAGAGGCAUUUUGAUUAUAUAUAAGCUGGUUUCCAGUUUGUACAGUGAAAAGUUGUCAGGAGGGAAGCACCUCUGAAAGGGGCAGACGGACAGAGGGGGGGCACUACAGUAACAGAUGGACUUAAGAGGGAUUACAUUAUUCAGGAUGGGUAUUUGACACAAAUUCCCAAGAAAGACAGAAAAGAGAGUAGAUUGGCGUGGAGGCAGACUCUCCGUCACGCCAUCACUUCACAUCUCCAUCCAUCCGUCUAUUGGCCAGGAGGAUUACAGGGUCGAGGGGAGCAGAGAAGGUGCUGCUCGGCAGGCAGGAGAGAAACCUGUGAAAUACAGAGGAUAUCCAUGACCAGAGAGGAGAAACGGUCAAGUCAAGAUGGAGCAAGUGCACUCAAACUCAUAAGGAGCUUUUUUAUUAAAAGCUCCGCUACCAAAACGGAGGAUUGAGGAUCACAGGACAGCAGCAAGUGAUGGAUGGAAGUGUUUCAGGACAGUAGAUGCUUCAUAAUGGAGCACUGGGCUGUCAAAGGGACAUUGCAUGAGGGGACGCAUGGCCACGUUGCAUUUCACACUAAAGUACAACUAACACACACGAACAGAGAUUAAAGUAGAUUUUCAGGGAUUAUCAGUUAAAUGCUUUUGGUUUGGACUGUGGCUCAUCCAUAAUGUCAAAAAGUAAGUUUGGUUUUUCCCCUCUUUUUUUCCUCAUCUGUUUAGUAUUUUCUCAGAAACAAUUGAAGGUCAGCAGGAGAGGUCGUGGAAAUUUUAAACGCUUAUAAGGCAAAAUGAGUAAAGUGGCUCCCAUUGCUAAAGACUUGUGUGACCUCAGACAGGGACUGAAUUAGAAACUCUCAUCUUCUACUUGAUGGUUAGAUUUCUGUUUAAGGACUGAGCCAUUCAGGAUGAAUGUCUCCCCUUUACUAAGAAGAUUUGUCUUGUUUUUCUUUAAAUGAAACAAUCUAUCAGCAGCUCUUAGUUCACUUAUUCCAAAUUAAAAGACCCAGCAUAUUUGUUUAAGAGGAUUUGUGGCGAUACAACACAUUCAAGUGUCAGCUCUCUGCACUUCAUUUUCUGUUUCACUCAUCUAAACCAUCUGUUCUUUGUUCCAGUUGUCCUUUCAGCUGCAGAGCAUCUUACCCGGCCUCCUCUCAUCUCUAACCUCCCAUCACAUUUAUCAGUGUCCCUUUUCUCAGCUUCUCAACUUCUCUGCAUUUAAAGCUGGAAGCUCAGCAGCUUUGCAAACCGCACCAAAGACGGCAUCCCAUCCCAUUUGUCUUGUCCACGUGCGCUCUGUCCCAUCUGUCCUCCGUUAGCCUCCUCUUCUUCUGCGUGGCCAUGCUGGAGCACAUGUCCCGCCGCUCUCGCUCCCUGCUCUCCCUGUCUCUGACCACUCUGGCCCUGGCGCUCUCCAUCCUGGCUCUGUCCACCUCCUACUGGUGUGAAGGGACUCACAAGGUGGUCAAGCCCCUCUGCCUCUCACCCGUCAAAAUGAAGAACUGUGGCCAGAACAACAGCGAGCCUUACACCACAGAGAGCCCAACCCAGAACCCCUUCAACCAAACACUGUCUCCAGCCAGAAGAGAUGAACUGGCCAAAAUCCGCCAAAGGCAGCUAGCUAAUGCAGUUCACUACAUUUGGGAGACAGGAGAAGACAAGUUUGCCUUCAGAUACUUCCACACAGGCUUCUGGGAAAGCUGUGAGAAACAGAAUGAUGGAGAGGUGUGUCGCAGCUUUAUAGAUUUAACUCCAGGGGAAACACAAGGUGUGCUUUGGCUGUCAGUUGUGUCCGAGUUUACAUACAUUGGAUUGCUGGGGAUGGGCUUCCUGCUUAUGUGGCUGGAUUUCCUCUGCUCCCACAAAGAGAUGCAUGCUCUAAAAAUUAAUGCCUAUGCAGCCAUUUGUACUGUGCUCUCAGGUCUUCUUGGAAUGGUGGCACAUAUGAUGUUCACCACAGUCUUUCAGAUGACAGUCAUUGUGGGGCCUAAAGACUGGAGGCCUCAGUCAUGGGACUAUGGGUGGUCAUUUGCUCUUGCCUGGGUCUCCUUCAGCUGCUGCAUGGGAGCAGCUGUGGUCACUCUCAACUCCUACACCAAGACCAUCAUUGAGCUUCGCCGCAGACAGAGACUCCGCUUGGAUGAAACGAGAGCUAACAAUACUGCACCGUCCUACGAUGAGGUGGUGCCCGGGGGUGGACUCUACUCCGUCAGCGGCUUGCUGCACUGCUCAGAUGGCAUGAUUGACGUGGCGUGGACACCAAACGGUGACAUAGCCAGAGUGGAGAACGGGGACGUACCAACGCUGGUUUUAGUGGGGGGCUGCGGACCAGAGGGAUGUGAGGACUGUGAAAGGGAGAGAGAUGAAAUAGGGGAGGCCAUCGAGCGACACGAUUCACCUUGUUAGAGGAUAGGCUGCAUGAAAAGAGUCAAAAGAACUUUAAACUGGAAGAAGUUGGAUGAAUUUAUGGGAUGCCCCUGCUGUGGUUGGAUGCUGGUUUAAUUUUCACAUAUCAAAAGUUGAGACUGAUGCAUAGAUCAUGCCCACAUGCAUAUGUGCAUGUUUUCUGUGUAUUUUUCUGUGCCUCAUGGUGUAAAGGCUAUUAUAUUGUUCUGUAUGUAAAUGUAAACAAAAAAUUCUCAUAUUUAACUCAAAUGUCAUAUUAAAUGAUCCACUCAUGUCAUAGAUUGUUGAAUUCCAGAUGGAAUUUACUUUCUUUAAAGUUGAUUUAACAUC